AUCUCAUGCGCAUAUCAAGAGUUCAGCCCUUCCUGCGCAACUGACUACAGCUUAAAAAGACGUGCCCGACCUUCAUCGGCCACAAUUCAGAGCGAUCCAGGCAGCUGCAAGCAACAGCUCGAAACUAAGCCUUUUCUGCUGCUUUCUGCAGGAUCCGGCGCCCUACCUGACUACAGCACCGCGCUUGCCAUCGAUAGCCGCACAGACGACUGGUCCCUUCAACAACCUGCGCACUUCGCCACACGUGUACAACUUGAUACGGAAGCUCCAGUGACUUGGUGUGGCAGUGGCAUCUCAUGCGCAUAUCAAGAGUUCAGCCCUUCCUGCGCAACUGACUACAGCUUAAAAAGACGUGCCCGACCUUCAUCGGCCACAAUUCAGAGCGAUCCAGGCAGCUGCAAGCAACAGCUCGAAACUAAGCCUUUUCUGCUGCUUUCUGCAGGUACGUUCUACAGCUGUUUUUUCUGCUUGAUAUUAUUCUUAGGCUCCUGGAUCGCUCUGUUUCUACUGUUUAUUGUUAAAUAUGGGUGAUAAUCCUUUAAAAAACCUUGGACAGACACUUGCUGACAAACCACCGUCGACUGUUAAAGAACUGGCAAAGGCUCUAGUUGAUGUUACUUUGCGCCUUGAACAGAUCACUACAAUAAUCAGAGCAGACAUCAAAGGUAUAGCUGAUGAUAACAAGAAAUCAUCUACCGAUAUGGAAGGACUCAAAGAUUCUAUGACCCACAUGAACUCCAUAUUUGAGCAACUCAGAGCAGAUGUGAAAGGCGUGUGCAGCGAACUCACUGAGGUAAAGGAGAAGCAGUCCGACCACAGUCGAGAUAUAAAGGAAUUAAACACUCAAGUAAAGACCAUGAGGAAGGAAAUGAUAGAGCUAAAGCAGUAUAGCCGUCGGAACAACUUAGAAAUCAAAAACGUCCCUGCAUCUUCUGAAGAAUCUUUACCCGAUAUGAUGCUGAAGAUAGCCACAUGCCUGAAGGAGGAGCUUCGACUGGAAGACAUUGAUGUGGUUCAUCGGGUUCCGUCAAAAGACAAAGGACGACCAAACAUUGUCGUUAAGUUUGUUUCCAGGAACGUUCGUGACCGUCUGCUGCAGAGUGCUAAACGUAACAGGUUAACGACAUCGUCACUUGGUCUUGAAAAGAACGAACCUGUGUACAUCAAUGAGCAUCUUUGUCCAGAGUACAAGAUCUUGCUCGGCAAAGCCAUACAAACGAAGCGGGAUAAAAACUGGAAGUUCGCUUGGGUGUCACAAUCUAAGAUCCUAAUGAGGAAACUUGAAAAUUCCACUGUACUGCACAUAAGAACUGAAGAAGACCUAGCCAACGUUAUCUAG